GGCCGUGGAGAAAACCGCAGACAGGCCGAGGCCUGGCACAUGAAACAGGUGGAGAUGAAGCAGGCAGAGUCGGCGGUGGUGAUGGAGACGACAACGACGACCACGCCGGAGAUGACAGAGUUACGGAACCGCUACCAGACCCUACAGAUGGAAUACCAGGGACUACGUAUGGGGAUGGCGAACCUAGAGGCCAGGCUGUUGGAGGUUCAGUCCCAGUUCCAGCAACGUCUGUCUGGGUAUAGUGGCAAGGUGAUGGGCCUGGAGGGAGAACUGACCUCCAUAAGGGCCCGCACCACUGAGCAGAGCCAGGACUACCAGAUCCUUCUGAACAUCAAGAGUCGUCUAGAGAUGGAGAUCCAGCAGUAUAAGCAUCUGCUGGAGGGAGCCGGCCUGGGAGGGGGCAUGGUCUCUGGAGGGUCUGACCUGGGAGGGGGCAUGUUGGUCUCUGGAGGGGCCGGGAGGUCGGCAGGUAAGGCUGUUGUGACCAGGACCACUGUGUUGGAGGUGAAAUCCUCGGGAGGAGGAGUGGGGACGGGAGGAAGCUCCAUGUUGAUGCAUUCCACUAGCUCCACCUCCAGCCGUUCUGGGGGCGGGGCAGCCAUGCUGUCAUCAGGUGGCGCCGCGAUGGUGUCCGGCAGGGGACCAGCCAUGAUGUCAUCAGGAAGCCCCGCAAUGGUGUCUGGCGGCGGAUCAGCCACGGCGCCAUCAGGAGGAGGCACGGCGCCAUCAGGAGGAGGCACGGCGCCAUCAGCAGGAGGCACGGCGCCAUCAGCAGGAGGCACGGCCCCAUCAGCAGGAGGCACGGCGCCAUCAGCAGGAGGCACGGCGCCAUCAGGAGGAGGCACGGCCCCAUCAGCAGGAGGCACGGCCCCAUCAGCAGGAGGCACGGCCCCAUCAGGAGGAGGCACGGCUCCAUCAGGAGGAGGCACGGCCCCAUCAGGAGGAGGCACGGCCCCAUCAGGAGGAGGCACGGCCCCAUCAGCAGGCGGCACGGCGCCAUCAGCAGGCGGCACGGCGCCAUCAGCAGGAGGCACGGCCCCAUCAGCAGGAGGCACGGCCCCAUCAGCAGGAGGCACGGCCCCAUCAGCAGGAGGCACGGCCCCAUCAGCAGGAGGCACGGCCCCAUCAGGAGGAGGCACGGCCCCAUCAGGAGGAGGCACGGCCCCAUCAGGAGGAGGCACGGCCCCAUCAGGAGGAGGCACGGCCCCAUCAGGAGGAGGCACGGCCCCAUCAGCAGGAGGCACGGCCCCAUCAGCAGGAGGCACGGCCCCAUCAGCGGGAGGCACGGCCCCAUCAGCAGGAGGCACGGCCCCAUCAGCAGGAGGCACGUACCCAUCAGCAGGAGGCACGGCCCCAUCAGCAGGAGGCACGGCCCCAUCAGCAGGAGGCACGGCCCCAUCAGCAGGAGGCACGACGCCAUCAGGAGGAGGCACGGCGCCAUCAGCAGGAGGCACGACCCCAUCAGCAGGAGGCACGGCGCCAUCAGGAGGAGGCACGGCGCCAUCAGCAGGAGGCACGGCGCCAUCAGCAGGAGGCACGGCGCCAUCAGGAGGAGGCACGGCGCCAUCAGGAGGAGGCCCGGCGCCAUCAGCCGGAGGCACGGCGCCAUCAGCAGGAGGCCCGGCGCCAUCAGCCGGAGGCCCGGCGCCAUCAGCAGGAGGCCCGGCGCCAUCAGCAGGAGGCACGGCGCCAUCAGCUGGAGGCACGCCCCAUCAGCAGGAGGCACGGCGCCAUCAGCAGGAGGCACGGCGCCAUCAGCAGGAGCGUCACAAUGGUGUCCGGAGGCUGAUAGUGUCCGGUGGGGGACCAGCUCUGAUGUCAGGAGGCGUCGCAAUGGUGUCCGGUGGGGGACCAGCUCUGAUGUCAUCAGGAGCGUCGCGAGAGUGUCCGGUGGGGGGACCAGCUCUGAUGUCAUCAGGAGGCGUCACAAUGGUGUCCGGUGGGGACCAGCUUUGA